AUGAUGAUGACCAAGAAGAGUGUUGCCUUUAGCAACACGGUUACCCUUCAGGAUGCCUCUGAAUGCCAUGCCUUUUCGGAAGAUCAAAUGGAUCUCCUGUGGUGGAGUCGUGACGAGCUCAAGGCCACCCGCAAGCAGCUGAAAAAGAUUAUCAAGAAACCCGCCAAGUUGAACUUUGCCACCGACUGCUGGCGAGGAUUGGAAGCCUUUGCCAACCGCAGCAAGGACGCACGGUACAGUCAGCACAUUCAACCCGUGUUGGAAUUCACCAGAUCAGCAGCACAACGGGACGACGAAUCUAUUCGCUGCUUUUCGGCCAGUCUCAGUGCCAGAACGACAGAAGAGGCGGUCAAAUUGGCCACCAACGAUUUUUUGGAAGCUUACGGUAUUCACAGAGAAACCAUGUGCAGCAAGACUGUCGACAGUUGCUUUGCAACGCAAAAACAAAAGAUCAAGACACACCGACCGACAGCAUCUGCUACUGCCAUGCCAAUGGCACGAACGGCAUAG